AUAGGUUGUGAGGACUGUUGCCCUGUAGAUGUCUCUCUUUCCAGCCUUGAUAGGACCGGGAACAGAGGACAAUCAUUCAAAGCUGUGACGUCGCCUGGGUGAUGAUUUGCCUACUUGGAGUGUGGAUGAGUUUGGAGCGGGUUCUGUGAAUUGCCUUGCCAUUAUGUUGCCUGAAUGAUAACGCAAUCAAUCGGCUAAGUGAGGACAUAACAGGCCACUAAGGAAUUCGUGAUUCCGUCAAAGCUCAGUUUGCACCUGAUGCGCUCUGUUACUGAACUACCCAGGCUGAGUUUCAGCAUUACCCAUCAAGUGGAUAUGGGUCAGUGGUCACUGAAGACUUAUAAAUAAACUGAAGGAAAAGCAGGUGGGAUAGAACACACCUCAUGCGUGGGCUCAGAGAGGGUCCGAGGCCGUACGGAUCAUCUGACUAAGAUGGGUGUUCUCCAGCUCCACAACCCCACUCUCCCAGCCACGCUCCUGUACAGGGCCAAUCAUAUGCGUCUGUCGGGAACGCUGUGUGACGUAAUCAUCACGGUGGACGGCCAGGAGUUCCCGGCCCACCGCACCGUCCUGGCCUGCACCAGCAAGAUGUUUGAGAUCUUGUUCCACCGCAGCAGCCUGCGCUACGCCCUCGACUUCCUCUCCCCCAAGACCUUCCAGCAGAUCCUGGAGUACGCCUACACGGCAUCCCUGCAGGCCACGGCCGAGGACCUGGAUGACCUGCUGUACGCCGCUGAGAUCCUGGAGAUCGAGUACCUGGAGGAGCAGUGCCUCAAGGUCCUGGAGACUAUCCAGUCAGAGGAGAAGCAGGACCACCUGAGUCUGAGUGGGAGGAACCACGGGUCUGGAGAGAGUGAACAAAGCAGGGCAAGGCACUGGAGGAACAUGCUAAUAUCCAAGAAGCAUUCCAUGCAGGAGGGUGGUAUCAACCCCACCGCCCUGCACCACCUGGCACUGUACCACAUGACUGACAGGAGUCCCUCUGGGCCAGGGGGACUACCUAUGGGGCUCCCUGUAGCCAGCCCCACACAAGAUGGAGGGGUUAGUCUGGAGGGCCUGGGUCGGUCUCCACUGCAGUACAGCCACAAUGGAGCCCAGGACCCCUCCCUGCCUCUGGCUAAGAGGAUAAAGACAGAGGACAAUAACAUGCAGGUGGAUGAAGCCAAUGGCUACGAGGGCCGGUCCAACAGCGGAGGGGAGGGGGGCUGUGAGUCGGACCAGCCCAAAGAUGAGGGCCCGGGGACCCCCCAAAGAGGCAGUGUCAUCACCUCUGCUAGAGAGCAGCACUCGGGCCAAGAGGAGGGGUGCAUAGUGGGGAACAACUCUCCUCUGGACAGUUUCCCUGGGCUAGCUGAGAAACACCUGGCCUCCCUCUACUCCUCCAUGCCCUCCAACCACAUAGGGGAGGUGGGGCUGCCUAUGCCCAUGUCGGUGGCCCCUUCCCUGGCCAUGUCCCUGGACCUGAGGGCCUAUGGGGGGCUCCUGAACCAGGGCCUGCUCCACAGGGAGAUCCUCAGCAGGCUGGGCCAGUUUGCAGCAGGGAUGAGGCGGGAGGGCCAGAGUCAGACUCAGAGCAGUGGGGACUGUGGUCUCCAGCUGCACGACAGAGAGGUCGUAGAGCAACACAGGAAGCUGCACAGUGAAGGAGAGAAGGAACACGGCUGUGAGUUCUGUGGCAAACACUUCAUGGACAGUGUACGGCUCAGGAUGCACAUGCUCUCUCACUCAGCUGGAGCUGAGGCCCUGGUGUGUGAUCAGUGUGGAGCUACAUUCUCUGCUGAAGAUGCUCUGGAGGCCCACAGACAGACACACACAGGGACAGACAUGGCAGUGUUCUGUCUGCUGUGUGCCAAGCGGUUCCAGACCCAGAAGGCUCUGCAGCAGCACAUGGAGGUUCAUGCAGGGAUGCACAGCUACGUCUGCAGCCACUGUGACCACCCCUUCCCCAGCCACACCACCCUCAAACGCCACCUGCGCUCACACACAGGUGACCACCCGUUUGAGUGUGAGUUCUGUGGGAGCUGUUUCCGGGACGAUGGCAUGUUGAGGGGACACAAACGUAUCCACACAGGAGAGAAGCCUUACGAGUGUAACGGCUGUGGCAAAAGGUUCAGCCUUAAGCAUCAGCUGGAGACUCACUACCGCGUGCACACAGGCGAGAAACCAUUUGAGUGCAAGAUCUGUCACCAGCGAUCCAGGGACUACUCUGCCAUGAUCAAGCACCUGCGCACCCACAACGGAGCGUCGCCCUACCAGUGUACCAUCUGCCAGGACUUCUGCCCCAGCCUGGCAGCCAUGCAGAAACACAUGAAGAGCCACAGACCCGAGGAUGUGCCCCCAGACUGGAGGAUAGAGAAGACCUACCUGUACAUAUGUUACGUCUGAGCAGGACUUAGACACUAAGACACACUAUCCUAGGUGUGGGCAGGUUUUUCAUCGUAUUCUUUCCUCUGAAAGUUGAUCAUUUCUGUGGUUUGAUUGGUUUUAUCACGAAUUGCCGCAAUUAUCUGUUAUUACAUUAAACCUGCGUAUGUGUUGAAGACUGAAAGACUACUGGUCAGGUUACCACAGCAGUAAAAGUGUUACACUAGAAAGGAUGAGUUCUAUCUGCUGUGACUGUGAUUGUGAGAUGUAGAACCCAACUUCUCUGGUUUAAUUGCAAUACUAUACUACAUAGAUUGAUUGAGAUAAACAAUCAUUUCCUGACUUAUUAUUUCCUGUUAUAGAUUGUUUGUUUUCUGCAUGUUUUACUUGAAUGUUCUCCAUAUGCUUGAUUUAAUUUGUGUAUUAUUUUUCAGUGAGCAUAUUACACAUAUGAUUUUCCUUACCUGUCAGUUAGUCUGUCUGCUCAUGCUGAUUGACAGGCAUUAAGGUGCAACAGGUUUUGAUAUUUAUGUCAUGCAUCGUUUUUGUUACCAAAUAGGUGUUGGUUAUUUUGACCCAACCGCAAGGCCGUUUCUUCUGUUAUUAGAAUAAGUGCUACCUCUUCAAUCUUCAACUUUUGCACAGAGGCAAUAGCACAUCUUAGAACUGGUGUUUUUCAGCGUGUUUUCAUCCAUCAUCUGUAGCUUUAACUUCAAAUGUCCUUUUAUAUUGGUGAAGAGGCUUGAAAUGUUCUGAGAAUUAAUUCAUGGAAUUGUUUCGGACGGUUGCCUGUUGGGUGGAAAAAAAGAUUUGAAAGUCUUCAAAGUGACUUUUAUGUGUAUAAUUUUUUAUAAGUUCAAUUAUAGCAGUCUGUUAAAUCACAGAAUUCAAUUUUUCUCUAAGUGAUGAAAAGAAAGAAAAUGUGAAUAAAUGUGUUGGCUUUUUUACUAAACGUGAAAAGAUGAUUCUGUAAAGUUAAAUUACUAAAAGCAGGUUAUCGUCAGUUGUCUGUUGCUGUAAAUGUAAUUGUAUCUUAUUUCUAGACGAGAGCCAGAUGAGGGAUUCUCUGAUUUAAAGAUGUUGUAUUUUUGUAUUACAGUGAUCUGCAAUUUGUUUACAUUUGAUUUGAUUUAUGAAACAUAUUUUCUUGUGUGUUUUGUAAGUCUCUGGAGUCUGAUUUGAGUAAGAGCCCUCCCUGUGCCUCUUUUAUAAAUGGAGAAUAGAUGUGCUGAAUACAUGUACACAGUACAUGUAUGUUUUAUUGAUCGUUGUUGUUCCUGGUUGUUUGUUUAUUGCUAGUGAAGAAAUUAUUUUCACUGCCAUGCCGUAGUAGACCCUAUUGUCUAAACAUUGUAAUUUGAAACAAGAUACUUCUCAUGACUAUGGUAUUAUGCCCCAGGCACCUCAAGCCUCAAAGCAACGAGUGAGAUUUUCUUUCAAAAUGUUCUGUCAUGUCAAAGUAAAAUUUGGAUUGUGAAUUCAUCAAAUGGGAAAAAAUGCACAGAACACACAGAAUACAUAGUGGUGUUGUUAAUCAUCUUUAUAAAGCUCAACGUUGGGCAUAAUAUGGGUCUAACACUAUGGCCUUCUAGAACAAACAGCCAGCACUCAGUGCCAUGAAAACAAUUAGAAGUAUCAACUCAUCUUCACUGUACUGCUAUCUGUUCUAUACUGAACAGAAAUAUAAACGCGACAUGCAACAAUUUUAAUGAUUUUACUGAAUUACAGGUCAUAAAAGGAAAUCAGUCAAAAACAUUAAUUGGGCCCUAAUCUAUGGAUUUCACAUUGCUGGUCGGGGGCGCAGCCAUGGGUGGGCCUGGGAAACCAUAGGCCCACCUACCUGGGAGCCAGGCCAAGCCAAUCAGAGGUUUUUCACCACAGAAGGGCUUUAUUACAGACAGAAAUACUCCUCAGUUUCAUCAGCUGUCUGGGUGGCUGGUCUCAGACGAUCCCGCAGGUGAAGAAGUCGAAUGUGGAGGUCCUGGGCUGGUGUGGUUACACGUGGUCUACGGUUGUGAGGCCGUUUGGAAUUACUGACAAAUUCUCUAAAACGAUGUUGGAGGCGGUUUAUGAUAGAGAAAUUAACAUCCAAUUCUCUGGCAACAGCUCUGGUGAACAUUCCUGCAGUCAGCAUGCCAAUUACAUGCUCCCUCAAAACUUGAGACAUCUGUGGCAUUGUGUUGUGUGACUAAACGGAACAUUUUAGUGGCCUUUUGUUGUCCCCAGCACAAGGUGUACCCAUGUAAUGAUCAUGCUUUUUAAUCAGCUUGUCGAUAUGCCACACCUGUCAGGUGGAUGGAUUAUCUUGGCCAAUGAGAAAUGUGUAAAUAACACGGAUGUAAAACUAUUUGUGCACAACAUUUUAGAGAAAUAAGCUUUUUGUGCAUAUGGAAAAAAGCUGGUGUCUUUUAUCUCACCUGAUGAAACACGGGACCAACACUUUACAUGUUGCAUUUAUAUUUUUGUUCAGUGUACAAACACAUGCACUAUAAGGAUCUUAGGAUUUCCGUGGUGGACCAAAACUAACAGAGCACUUUGAAAAAAAGUUUUUCUUUGAUCUUUCUAUGUUGUAACAAAACGGAAGUUGUUUUAUUUGGUGUGUGUACUAUAAGGAUGUGAUGAUCAUCAUUUAGGUAGAUAUUAGGUCAAUGUUUGUCUACCUCAGCGCCAGUUCAGUCAGUGUUUGUCCUGGUGUCCAAUCAGGGUUGUUCUUCUUGCCAUGUGUGUUAAAUCCUUUUGCAUUACAGCUUUGUAACACUGUGUGUGCAAGUGUUUUCUCAGUGUGGUUUCAGGCACAGCUCUCUUUACGCAUCACUGUUCUGUGGCAUGAUGAAAAAAGAAUAAAACUAUUUUACAAUGCA